UUAUUUUUUCACCUCUACUUAUUACUCAUAUUCAAGCAUCGCUCAUUUGGCCGAAUUAAAUAGAUUCUCGUAUAAAAGUUGCACGAUUUCUAGCAAACAUCAACAGUCUCAGAUUUCCAGUUCAACAAUCUAGAAGUCCUGCAGAAAAUAUGAAAUUCUUCGCUAUCACCACCGUUAUUGCCUUGUUGGGCGUCAGCGCCAAUGCGCUGAGCAACACCUAUUUGCCGCCACAGGCCUCAGCUUCGAACUCAAUCAGCAGCUAUGCCGCGCCCGCCUCCUACGCUGCACCAUCCAUAUCUCAUGCGAGCUUCGCACCAGCUCCCAGCCGUCAUGUGGCACCAUCAGGUGGCUUCGCAUCUGCAGGCGGUUUUGGCGGCAGCGGUGCUGCUUCGGCUCAACACGUUAGCUACGCUCCUGCACCCUCGUUCCAUGCCGCAGCGCCAGUUGCUGCUCCACGUCCACAGGUGCACCAUGCGCCAGUCGCUGCCGCUUCUCACAACGUAGCUUCGUACGCCGCUCCGGCACCACGACCUCAGGUAGGUUUCGCGUCCUCGGGUGGUUUUGGCGGUUUUGGUGCUGCUUCUGGUCAGCAAGCUGCUUACGCUCCAGCACCACGUCCUCAAGUACAUCACGCUCCAGUUGCAGCUGCCUCAAAUGUAGCUUACUCUGCUCCAGCUCCACGUCCUCAAGCUUACCACGCUCCAGUUGCUGCCGCCUCAAAUGUAGCUUACUCUGCUGCCCCAGCACCACGUCCUCAAGUACAUCACGCUCCAGUUGCCGCCGCCUCAAAUGUGGCUUACUCUGCUGCCCCAGCACCACGUCCUCAAGUACAUCAUGCUCCAGUUGCCGCCGCCUCACAUGUAGCUCCUGCUUUCGCUCCAGCUCCGAGACCAGUCGCUGCCUACUCCGCUCCUGCUACUGGCUUCUCCGGCGGUUUCGGUGGACAAGGUGCUGCUUCUAGCGGUCACGCCAGCUAUGCCGCCCCAGUCGGCGCUGCUUCCAAUGCCGGAUAUGGUUACUCCGCACCAGUUGUGGCUGCUUCGGCCCCACAAGUUAGUUACGCUGCUCCAGCACCAGCCACAGCUCCAGUUCAAUUUGCUGCUCCUUCCAACAUUCAGCAAGUUGUUGCCGCUGGUUCCUCCAACUAUGGCACUAAAUAUGCCGCCAAUGGUGGUUAUGAAUACCGUUACAGACACAGGAACUAAGCAAUUGUAUUGUCGAUUAAAUUCAGUAUUUGAACUUCGAUGCUGACCCAAGUUUUCAGUCAGCGGACAAACGAUUACACGACAAAUAAACGAAAGUGAUAUCAAGCAAAAUAUGA